GCGAAACUCAUUACUACUUCUACUUUGGUACGGUACGAUAUCACCAUCAAGAUUAAUGAAUUCUUCGGUUGUCGUCGCACCGAAUUGCACCUGCAGAAGCACAAGUACGAGUACKMGUACUGAGUUGGGCUACCCGUUGGUAUUGAACAUUCUCACAACCGUGCUAAAAGUUUGAUCCACAAUUACCUUCAACUGAUAUCGGAGCAUGAGUGACGACAGCAUUGUCACUAGUGGCAACUCAGUGUAUUCGUUUGCCCUCGCGAUGACACUKAUUGCCGUUGUUAUUGAGGCGGUAGGGUUUGGGUUCUUGAGGCGCAAUCGAAAACAGAAAGAAACUAGGGUAAAGGAGAUCAAUAUCUAUCCUAUCAAGUCCUGUGGUCCAAUGUCCGUUAAAGCAUCAAGGGUUACGGACACUGGAUUCUCCUACGACAGAUUUGCUCAGGUCAGCGACUCGAAGGGACAUUAUCUAACGCCCCGGGACAAGGCCAACGCUCGAUUAUUCCAUGUCAAUCCUUCUAUUGUCUAUGAAGGAUCGAGCAUCCAUCUCGAUUUAACCUGCAGGAGCAGCGGCUUACCAUCUUUUCGAAUUGAGCACCUGAACGAUGCGAUUGAAAACUCAGCUACAAGAGAGGCAACACCGAUUGUUGGUCCCGUUGUCCKAUUGCAAGAUCUGGGGAACGAAGUAGCCAUGUGGCUUUCAAAGGCCACCCAAAUCCGAGACUGCCGACUGACGGCCGUUGGGCCAGAGUAUAAUCGCAUCGUCGAAAUGAACCCCAACCAGGGCGAACCCGUCCCAAUCAAGGAUAUCGGAGAGGAGCACCAAAAYAUCCCGAUUGUUUCUUUGGCCGACGAGGCACCCUUUCUGCUGACGACCAGUGCGAGCCUUGAAGAUUUGAAUUCGCGAUUGAAGGCCAGGGGCAAGCCUGAGGUGGAUAUGCAACGGUUUCGUCCCAACAUAGUCGUCGAGGGAACACUGCCGUGGGAGGAAGAUUCGUGGAAGCUGAUCCGAAUUGGAUGCGUCGAAUUUCAAGUGUGGCAGCGAUGUGGGCGAUGCACCAUGACCACCAUCGACCGCAUGACACUCGAGCGUGGCCCGGAACCUCUCGCGACUCUCUCAACCUUUCGGGAAMGGAAAAAUGGUCAGCGGAAUUUUGGGAUGCACAUGAUUCCAGUUUCCAAAACGAUGCCUUCCAACAUGGUAGAAGUCGGACAGAAGAUCGAAGUAUUAGAAUAUGAUGCGAAACGGUUGGAGGAAUGGAGGCGCUUCUUUUCUAAAUAAUUGUCGAAGCGACAGCAACGAUACAAAAUGGUGUCAGUAGCUUGUAAUCUAAUUGAUGGAUGGGUCGGGGUUUUCGGAAAAGGGAAAACGAAAAUUAGGACUGAGUGUGCAAAUAAGAAGACAARGAGAGGGAGCGUGAAAAGAAUAGAAAUGAAAAAAAUAAUAUGGGAUUGAAUUGGAUGAGCCUUUGGGUAAAGCAACAUCUCUGCAGUUCUGAAAGUCUGUAAAAUGUCAAUAUUUUUGUAAAACUCUUACGAUACGUUGACCGUUGCUUAAUUCACGUCGCUUCAUUGGACGGUUCAAAACCCAAAAGUUUUUUGUUAUUGUUCAAUCUAACCAGAAUAUUAGUGGUAGAGGGCACAAACGAGCAAUAUCUCCAUGUAAUCCAUACGCCCUGGUUCAAAACGCUUUUCAUGAACCUUUAUGUAAACGCCGCUGCUGAAGACGGGCUGUCCAACAGAAGAUGAAAAUCUAAUCUGAAGAUCUUGUGUGCACAAGGGAUGAAGCGUCUACUACCAUCCGAUUUCACUGGCGAACUUCGAGAAUGAUAUGCUCCUGUUUGGACCUUUCCAGUAGUUACUCCCUUGUGAUGGACGGAAGAACAUCAGUAGUAUUAGUUCAACAAUUCGAAACUUAAAGCUCUUUCGAAAGGACAGGACUUGGAAAAGUACUAAGCAUAGGUAGUAUGCUACAGUACGUACUCUCUAUCAGGGGUCCUAAUCCUAAAUUUAUGACC